GAGCUGCUAUUUUUGGGUGCAGCAAUGGAGAAGACUAAACCCGCUCCGAAGAGAAGAAAGAUCGAAGCCAAAGAUCGAAGGACUCUCCCCUCACAGGCUGCUACUGAUAAGGGGAAAACAACAUUACACAAUACAUCGGUUCCCACUGAACAAGCUAGGGUAAAAGAUUUGAAGAUUCAGCAGGCCAAGAUGUACGCAGUAACACAAGCACAACAUGAAGGAUGGCUUGGUAACUUUAGAGGCUUUGACUCUCCAUUUGGGAACUAUCUCGUGCCUGUAAUCCCAACUCAUGCUGACUUAUUUGGGGCGGCUGGUCCUUUGAAGAAUCCUUGAGGAAAGAAAGAUUCCAUUGUGCUUGCACCUUACCAAUGCAAGCUCUUCACGAGAGUUGCAGAUACUUCAAAUUAUUUACUGGUAAGAGAUGCUCCCUGUGAUUUGAAAUUUACAUUUCGAGGGAUUUAGCUUCAUCUGAUAUAAAGCUUUUACACUUGAUUUCAUCGAAUAGCAAUGUACUGUGCAGCUGUUCACUUUCAUGUUCAAGUUACUGAAUUAGACGGUUAAUAUGUUCUAAUAUAACAUUUGUGUAUAAUUGAAAUCACGAAAACAAAUUUUAAAACUUC